UGCAGACACACCUGUUUCCAGGAGGUCUUCACGCAACAGUUAAGGUUUCUGAAAUGCCACAUACUGAGCAGAACAAGGCAAAAAACAGCUGGGAAGGGAAGGACUGAAAAGCAGCUGAUUUUUAAAGGAGCAUCUAUGCAGUUUGCAUGUUUUCAGAUAUACCAUGUCACUUCCUACUGAAUUUCUGUCAGCGGAGCAGUUUGUCUGCUCUAUUUGUUUGGAAAUCUUCACCAAUCCUGUCUCCACACCCUGUGGCCACAGCUUCUGCCUAGCAUGCAUCACAUCCUAUUGGGAAGGCCAAGGAAAAGCCUGCCUCUGUCCUCUGUGUAAGGAGAGCUUCCGCAAGCGCCCUGAGCUCCACAUUAAUCACACACUUAAGGAGAUCACUGAGCAGUUUAAACGUAUGGCGGAGUCCACUGGGAGUCCUAGGAAUGCUGCUGCAGACUCGCCGACCAAUCCUUUCUCUGCACUGAAGCCUGGGGGGCAGCACAGGCCAGUAGCACUCCCUGAUGUGCUAUUUACAGAGAUGAAAAGCCGCUUCCAAAAAUCUGCAUCCAGUGAUUCUGUGCUGCCUUCGUUGGAAUCUUCUUCUUCCCUAGUUUCUAUGACACCUAAACAGAGCCUAAGUGUGAAUAGAACCAACGAAAUUGGUCCCAGUGUGCCACAGUGUCCCAGACAUGGGAAGAGUUUGGAACUAUUCUGCAAGAAUGACCAGGCAUGCAUUUGUUCAGUAUGUGCAGAGAAGGAGCAUCAGGGGCAUUCUGUGGUGGAUGCCAAGAGGGAUAUGAACAUUAAGAAGUCCCAGUUACGUAUAAUGGAGGUCGAGUUGCAAGGUUUGAUCACAGUAAGAGAGAGGAAGAUACAGGAGAUCCAAACAUCACUUACAGAAAUUGAAGUGAAGGCCGAGCAAGAGGCAGCGGGUACUGUGAGUAUGUUUAGUGCAUUGAUGAGUGCUGUUGAGAGGUCCCAGACUGAGCUUCUGCAGGUGGUAGAGAUGGGACGACGCGCUGCAGAGCUUCGCUCUCAGGACUUCAUACGAGACCUGCAGAUGGAGAUCUCCGAACUGAGAAAUAGAUGCAGCACCCUCAAUCAGCUUUCCCAGUCCCAAGAUCAUUUUACCUUCUUCAAGACAUAUCCAGCUUAUAGUAGUUUCCCUGUGACAAAAAGCUUGGACGGAGUGGCCUUGACCCCUGAUCCUUCUUCAGGGGUAGUGCAAAAGAACGUCACUCAGAUGGUGGAAGAAUUUCAAGUAGAGCUGCGGAGACUCUCAGAGAUAUGUUUGCACUCUCACACAGAAAAUAAUCAAACAAUGGAUAUAACCCUAGAUCGAGACUCUGCCCAUCCACGUUUGAUCAUCUCCGAGGAUGGCAAACAAGUACGCUGCAGUGACCGCUUCCAAAAUGUGCCAGAUAUACCCGAACGGUUUGACCGUGUGGUGUGUGUACUUGGUUGCCAAGGUUUCAGCUCUGGUCGGCAUUACUGGGAAGUCCAGGUGGGUGAGAAGACAGACUGGGAUCUGGGCAUGGCCAGCCGCUCCAUCAACAGGAAAGGAAAAAUUGUCGCCUGCCCAGCUAACGGAUUUUGGUUCAUAAGUCUACGUGACAAACAUGAUUAUAUCUUUCGCACAGAGCCAGCAACACCUAUAAUCCUACACCAAAAACCCCAGCGCAUCUUUGUAUAUGUGGACUAUGAAAAAGGUCAAAUUUCCUUUUAUAAUGCAGAUACAAAGUCACCGAUUUUUACCUUCACAGACACAUUUUCAGACACUUUAUAUCCUUUCUUCAGCCCAUGCACUAACAAAUCUGGCAAAAAUGAGGCACCCCUUAUUAUAUGCCCUGCCUAUUCAGCUGACCGAAGCUGGCUAACUAGAAAAUGAAACAAUAGGGGAUGGAAAUAAAAAAAUAGCACACUGUUUUUCCACCACUUUAGCUAAUUCCAUAAUAUUUUAAACACAUUUUAAGGAAGUUAGCUUUGCGUGGAUUUCUGAGUGAUGUCAUAAAAUGUAAAUAUGCCAUUACAAAAUGGUAAGGGAUAUGGGGUAGUUUACUAUUAAGGUGAUCUUUUUUUUGCUAGAUGAUUUUGUCCAACAAAAUAUAAAACUGUAAUCGCAUAUAGACAAUUUGAUGAACAAUAGGAAGGAUAUAGCCUAUGAAAUUAUAUAUUUUUUUUUUAAUACAAAAUGUUAUUUGGUGCCCUGAUUGCAAAAUGACCUCCCAUUUUGUCUGCAUUUAUCUUGACUAAGCAUUAAAACGUCAUUUUGUGCAUUAUAGUGAAAUAUUUCUAAAUAUAUAUAUAUAUACAGCUCUGGAAAAGAGACCACUGCAAAAUUCUGUUUCUCUGCAUUUAAUAUUGAUAUGCAUGUGUUUGAGUAAAAUUAACGUUUGUUUAAUUCUAUGAAGUACAGACAACAUUUUUCCCAAAUAAAAAUAUUUUCAUUUAGAGCAUUUAUUUGCAGAAAAUGACAACUGGUAAAAAUACAAAGAUGCAUUUUCAGAUCUCGAAUAAUGCAAAGAAAACAAGUUCAUAUUUAAACACAAUACUAAUGUUUUAACUUAGGAAGAAUUCAGAAAUCAAUAGUUGGUGGAAUAACCCUGAUUUCCAAAUCACCGCUUUUAUUGGCACGCUCUCUACCAGUCAUUUGCAUUGCUGUUGGGUGACUUUAUGCCACUCCUGGUGCAAAAAUGUAUCCCAGAGGGAUUCAAUGGGGUUCUGGUUUGGAGAUUGUGCUGACCACGACAGGGUCUUGAUCCGGUGGUCCUCCAUCCACACCUUGAUUGACCUGGCAAUGUGGCAUGGAGAAUUGUCCUGCUGGAAAAACCAAUCCUCAGAUUUGGGGAACAUUGUCAGAGCAGAAAACAGCAAGUUUUCUUCCAGGAUAACCUUGAGCGUGGCUUGAUUCAUGCGUCCUUCACAAAGACUAAUCUGCCUGAUUCGUGGCUGGGAACAUGUGCAUGUAACAUGGCAUUUUACCUUAAUGUAAAGCUGACAAAUACACAAGGUUUAUUUCUAUUUCUUCUGCUCCAAACUUACUUCAAACUUACUUCUCUGUCUGCUUGUAUGAAUGUAACACGUCAUAAGAAAUUGUUUCACCGCUGUUCAAAAGCAGUUUGGAUCGCAUCAUCAAAUGUUUUCCAUCUGAAAGGACUAAAUAUGAAAUUAAACAAAUGACAAUAAAAUGCAAAGUAACCUCUUCAGUAAUCAAAAUACUUUUUAAAUGUAACUGUAUUGUAAUUAUCAGUGAUAUAAAUUGUAACUGUAGUGGAAUACAGUUACUUAUAUUUUGUGUUUUAAAUACGUAAUCCCAUUACAUGUAUUCUGUUACUC